UAAUCUGACUUAGAUGUCAGUUUUUGCAGUGUAGUCUGUAGGAAUGGAGCAUUUCUCUGUCUGUGCGUAAAAUGCGCAUGCAGCCGGAGCUGCUGCACUUCUACAGCUCCAGAUUAAAAAAAAAAAAAAGCUCGUUUAAAAUUUUCCGGGACCAUGGUGUAUUUUAUCCUUUCCAAGAAAGUAAAAAAAGCAGUUCUGUAAUAUUUUUCCGCCUGCGUUUCUUCUCUCCGCCUUGUUCCGCGCUGCGGAGCUGCAGUGAUGUCAGCCUGCCUGGGUCAUUUGAAGGUCAGCAGCCUCGGAAGGGUUCAUACAAAGUUCACUCGCAUAUAUUAGGCAAUUCAAUCUUUCAUUCUCUGUGGCAAAACUAGUUGGAAAUGAGCUGCACGGGGGAACGGAUAACCCAUUCGUCAUCGGAGAGGACAACGUGUGCUUUUAAACGCCGUCCGUGUUAUUUUUGAUAAUAGAAAAGAAAGAUCGGAGCAGUUGAGGCGGGCUUCACCACGGCUGCUUACCGGGACCAGGCGAUUCAAUGCAAACACGCCAGGAUAUUAUUAUUAUGAUUAUUAUGAUCAUGAAGGAGUCCAGUUCGCACCGUGGCAGCGCGCUAACUGGACACCGUGCGAGAAAAUGAGCAUUUAGAAGAAGCCGUGGAGCAUUUUGGUCCGAAAUAAUUCAUGAUUCCGGUGCGGGACGAAGGAGAACAAGAGGAGCGAAAUCUGCCCUGCCAAGAAGAAGAAGAAGAAGAAGAAGAGGGAGACGAAGAGGAGGAGGAGGAGGAGGAGGGAGGAGGAGGGGGGAAACAGCGGAGAGUUUGAUGGAGUUGUGUGCGCUUAUGCCGGUGAUAUUUAUCCAUAACGCACAAGACUAGUUGAACGACGCGCCGUCAUCAUGUUUGACUGCAUGGACGUGCUGGCCGUGAGUCCCGGACAGAUGCUGGAUUUCUACACGUCCAGCCCGUCCUCCUGCAUGCUGCAGGAGAAGGCUCUGAAAGCCUGCAUCAGCGGACUGGCGCACAGAGAGUGGCAGCACCGCCGGAGCGCACACUCCAUUGAAACACAGAGCACCAGUUCUGAGGAGCUGGUCCCCAGCCCGCCGUCCCCGCCGGCCCCUCCUAGAGUCUACAAGCCCUGCUUCGUCUGCCAGGACAAGUCCUCUGGUUACCACUAUGGUGUCAGUGCUUGUGAGGGCUGCAAGGGUUUUUUCCGCCGAAGCAUCCAGAAGAACAUGGUGUACACGUGUCACCGGGACAAGAACUGCAUUAUCAACAAGGUGACGAGGAACCGCUGUCAGUACUGCCGCCUGCAGAAGUGCUUCGGAGUGGGAAUGUCCAAAGAAUCUGUUCGAAAUGACCGGAAUAAGAAGAAGAAGGAGAGCCCAAAGCCGGAGCUGGCAGAGAGCUACGAGCUGACAGCCGAGCUGGAGACCAUCAUUGAAAAGAUUCGUAAGGCCCAUCAAGAAACCUUCCCCUCCCUCUGCCAGCUUGGCAAAUACACCACGAACUCGAGUGCAGACCACCGUGUGAGGCUGGACCUGGGCCUGUGGGACAAGUUCAGCGAGCUGGCCACUAAGUGCAUUAUCAAGAUCGUGGAAUUUGCCAAACGAGUGCCUGGCUUCACAGCGCUGACCAUCGCAGACCAGAUCACGCUCCUGAAAGCUGCCUGCCUGGACAUUCUGAUCCUGCGCAUCUGCACACGGUACACCCCCGACCAGGACACCAUGACCUUCUCAGACGGGCUGACCCUCAACCGGACGCAGAUGCACAACGCUGGCUUCGGCCCACUCACCGACUUGGUGUUCACUUUUGCCAACCAGCUGCUGCCCAUCGAGAUGGACGACACGGAGACAGGCCUCCUCAGCGCCAUCUGUCUCAUCUCUGGAGACCGUCAAGACCUGGAGGAGCCCUCCAAGGUGGACCAGCUCCAGGAGCCACUCCUGGAAGCUCUGAAGAUCUAUGUGAGGAAGCGUCGGCCCAGCAAACCGCACAUGUUCCCCAAAACCCUGAUGAAGAUCACAGACCUGCGCAGCAUUAGCGCUAAAGGAGCAGAGCGGGUCAUCUCUCUGAAGAUGGAGAUCCCUGGAUCCAUGCCACCGCUCAUCCAGGAGAUGCUGGAGAACUCGGAGGGCCAAGACGGCCAGAGCAGCAGCAGCAGUAACAGCAGCAGCAGCAGCAGCAGCAGCAGCACUGAUGGCAGCAGCACUAGUAGCAGCAGCACUAGUAGCAGCAGCAGUGCUAGUAGCAGCAGCAGCACUUCAGCUGAGGCGGGGGCCAGCCCCAGCAGUAAGGGCAGCCCUAACGAGGACGCGGCUGCCGCUGAAUCGCCAGAGCCGUUGGACACGGAGAGGGCUACGGCCACACCGCCCAGCGACGAGCCCUAGGAGGCUCUCUUUGACAUUCCUUUGCACAAAAAAAGGAACAGCCAGGCAAGGCACCAACCCCCUAUAACCCCUCUACCCCAACUCCUUUGCUUGGUAUUACGUUAUCUUUAUAUCCUUGUCCUAUUUUUCUCUCCAUUCCCCUAAAAUUCCCUCCUUAAAAAGAAAACGUCAACACGGAGGCCUCAAAGGAUCAGUGCUUUGUGUAUAAUUCUGAAUUGAGCUCUUAUUUGGCGCGGUGUCUCUGGGACAGGGACUGUGACAGGAAGGGCAUGGCCCUCGCAAACCGCCAGAGAUGAUACUCCUCAGGUCUCCUGUGUAAAUUCUUAUCUGCAUGACGGGAGUUUGAUAAGUGGUUUUACUCCUCUCUCUCUCUCUUUCUCUCUCCUCAUCUCUUUCCAUCUCUCGUAUUGUUGGCAUACGUACAUUGUACAUACCAUUGUAUGGUUAGAUCUCUGUUUCUAUGAUGAAUUUUGUGGUGCUUUUUUCAUUGUCUUAAAUAUUAUCUUUGAGGCGAUACAUCAAGGUUUAAAGCAGGACUAAUUGUAAGUCCUUCAAAAAGUAAUCUAGAAUGUUAUUGCAUAUAGACAUUAUGGAAGUCUAAUAUUUUAUAUUUGUUCCUAUAUUUAAAACUGUUUUUGUCUUUUAUAACACUUAUUGGUUCAUGUCUCCACAUGAAUGAGUGUACAUCCACACCGCCAGAAUGCAAAGCUUCUCUCCAUAUCGACAGCCGAGUCUGUUCAACUGUUUCCUCUAAGGAGAGAAGCAAAACAGCAGAAGCCUUCGAUACACACUCAUCAGACUGACCACGUCUGUUUAAGUCUCAGUCUCCACAUGAAUCACUGAGACCCGACGAACGAGAUUAGAUUUAGAAAUAAGCCAGUCUAUGAAAUCAACUCAUCUGGUGGCUGUAUCUCCUCAGUAAAUCAGUUUAACUCACUGUCCAAACAAAUUGGGAAAAUGAGGGUGCUGAGAGAUGCCAGAGUUGUUCUGCAGCAGGCUGUGAUCACACAUUUUGUAUCCCUUUCUCUGUUACCCUAUACUUCAACUAGACGGUGUUUAAACUUAAACUGUGUUGCACUUUAUUAUCAUCAUCUGGUCAAUCAAGAGGGUUAACACAUUCAACAAGGUAAUGUGCCACAAUUUGUUUCGGCCUCAAAUGUCAGCUACAUCAUCAUUCUUGUUAUCUAGAGGCAGUCUCUACAAAGAAAAAAAGAACCCACCCAAAUUGUUGCUAACCUGUCUACAUGAUAAAUAUAGUAGUUCAAAGUAAAAUCACAAAGUGGGGAUGAAUGUCUACAAUGUGUGGUUUACUCCCCCUUAUUUUACUCACCUUUGUUUUGUCUUUCAAAUAAGUUUGACCAACCAUGUUGCCAUCUUCCCAGAUCUCAGCAAAUAGGUUGAUGAGUAGUGUUUUUAUCAAUUGAAAGUAUGACCAAAGCUAAUAGAUCUAAUACACCAGAAUCAAAAAAGUUACAGAUUAUUUCAACUUGGGUCUUAUUUUCCUAACUUUGGCUAUCUCAUCAAAGUAUUGUUGAGAUCUUGUAAAGCAUGAUAAAAAUAAAAAAAAUAGACCAAACAGUGCAACAAACACCAGCAGUGAGACAAUCAUUUUUAAAUAAGCCCUAUGUAAGUCGGACUUAUUUUGAAGUGAAAACAAAGGUAGAAUUAUUCAAAUCAAGGCCCCAGAAACAUCAGCAGGCUUCGAGGCAAACUUUACACAGUGGUCAAACUGUGUAACUACAACUUUGGGUCUGUCACAUGAUGCCCAAUACAAACUUUUGAAUAUCUCUUAUUUAAAUUCCCUGGCCCAACAGUGCUUACAACGUUUGGUGGUAACUAAUCACUAGGGCCCUCAGAGUAGGGCUGCACAAUUAAUCAAAUUUUAAUCGUGAUCACGAUUUUGGCCGCCACGAUUAAAUUAACCUGGUCUUCGGCGAUAUUUACGUUUUAAAAUGCGGCUCUCCUGCAUAUCUAAUCAAUCACUUUCUACACCAGUAAUCCACCAACCACCAGGGGGCAGGGCCAUUUUUCUACUCUAAAAAAAGCCUGGUUGCUGAUUGGGUAGAACGCUAAGCAGGAUGUUACGUAGUACUCGACACCACAACAACACUUUGUGAAAGCCGACAAAGCAGUGUUGCAAACUUAGCAACUUUGUUGCUAUAUUUAGCGACUUUUCAGACCCCCUUAGGGACUAUUUCUCAAAUCCAGCGACUUUUUCUGGUGUUAUUGGAGGCUGACAGAGUGGGGGCCAGCGGCUCGUUAAGAACUCGGGAUUACCACUGGGCACGGAACAGCUGCGCCGCGGUUUUGCUCCGUCCUCUGCCCGGCGUCAAUUCCCACCGGG